AUGUCGACCUGGGGAGAGUACUUUAGAGUCACGACCUAUGGCGAAUCGCACUGCCGCUCCGUCGGCUGCAUCGUCGACGGCUGCCCGCCGGGCAUGGCCCUGACCGAGGAGGACAUCCAGCCUCAGAUGACCCGGAGGAGACCCGGCCAGAGCGCCCUCACGACGCCGCGCAACGAAAAGGAUCGUGUUGAGAUCCAGUCCGGGACCGAAUUCGGUUACACCCUGGGCACGCCCAUUGCCAUGAUUGUUCGCAACGAGGACCAGAGACCCAAGGACUAUGGCGGCAGCACAAUGGACCUGUACCCCCGGCCCAGUCAUGCAGACUACACCUACCUUGAAAAAUACGGCGUGAAGGCUAGCAGUGGUGGAGGGCGCAGCAGCGCCCGUGAGACCAUCGGUCGCGUCGCUGCCGGUGCAAUUGCCGAAAAGUACCUGAAGUUGGCUCACAACGUCGAAAUUGUGGCCUUCGUUUCUUCUGUGGGCAACGAGCACCUGUUCCCUCCGACGCCGGAACACCCGUCCUACUCGACCAACCCGGAGUUUCUGAAACUGAUCGAGAUCAUCGAUCGCAAGACGGUCGACGAUUUCUGCCCCGUGCGAUGCCCCAGCAAGGAGGCUGCUGAGCGGAUGACCAAGGUCAUUGAGACGUUCCGCGAUAAGAAGGACAGCAUUGGCGGGACGGUGACCUGCGUCAUUCGCAAUGUCCCUACCGGGCUGGGUGAGCCCUGCUUUGACAAGCUGGAAGCGAAGCUGGCCCAUGCUAUGCUCAGUAUUCCUGCUACAAAGGGUUUUGAGAUUGGAUCCGGAUUCGGCGGUUGCGAAUUGCCCGGAUCGAUCCACAACGACCCUUUCAUCGUCGCCCCUGGAAACCAGGCCGACGGUAAGAAGCGGCUGGCGACCAAGACGAACAACUCGGGAGGUAUCCAAGGAGGGAUCUCGAACGGCGCGUCCAUCUACUUCCGCGUGGCGUUCAAACCGCCGGCGACCAUCGGCCAGGCGCAGACGACGGCGAGCUACGCGUUCGAGGAAGGUGUGCUGGAGGCAAAGGGUCGACAUGACCCAUGCGUCGUGCCGCGGGCUGUCCCCAUUGUCGAGGCCAUGUCGGCGCUGGUCAUCAUGGACGCCCUGAUGGCGCAGAAAGCACGGGAAGCGGCGAAGAACUUGCUUCCUCCGUUGCCGAAGUCUCUGCCUGUCAGGCCGGCUGAGACUGCAGCAGACACAAAUGGCGCCGCCUAG